CUCCUCCCCCGGGAAGCCCGCCGGGCUCCAGGCCGGGCCCCGCCACACCCGUGAGGGCCCGCGGCGCCGCCGAUGGUGCCCUGCGCUCCUGCCGCCAGUGCGUGAGCAGCCACGCCUGCUAACUACAGUGCCACACCAGCGCAUCUCCCCACGGUCUCACCAUGUCUGGCUCCUACGACGAGACCUCGCUGGCUGCAGAGGAGACCACUGACAGCUUCUGGGAGGUGGGGAACUACAAGCGGACUGUGAAACGCAUCGACGAUGGCCACCGCCUGUGCAAUGACCUUAUGAGCUGUGUGCAGGAACGCGCCAAGAUCGAGAAGGCAUAUGCACAGCAGCUCACAGACUGGGCCAAGCGCUGGCGCCAGCUCAUCGAGAAAGGCCCACAAUAUGGCAGCCUGGAGCGGGCCUGGGGUGCCAUCAUGACCGAGGCGGACAAGGUGAGCGAACUGCACCAGGAGGUAAAGAACAACCUGCUGAACGAGGACCUGGAGAAGGUCAAGAACUGGCAGAAGGACGCCUACCACAAGCAGAUCAUGGGCGGCUUCAAGGAGACCAAGGAGGCUGAAGAUGGCUUCCGCAAGGCCCAGAAGCCCUGGGCCAAGAAGAUGAAGGAGUUGGAGGCAGCCAAGAAGGCUUACCAUUUGGCCUGCAAAGAGGAGAAGCUGGCCAUGACCCGGGAGAUGAACAGCAAGACGGAGCAGUCUGUCACCCCCGAGCAACAGAAGAAGCUUCAGGACAAAGUGGACAAGUGCAAGCAGGAUGUGCAGAAGACACAGGAGAAGUAUGAGAAGGUGCUAGAAGAUGUGGGCAAGACCACACCCCAGUACAUGGAAGGCAUGGAGCAGGUGUUUGAACAGUGCCAGCAAUUUGAGGAAAAGCGGCUGGUCUUCCUCAAGGAGGUGCUGCUGGACAUCAAACGUCACCUCAACCUAGCAGAGAACAGCAGCUACAUCCACGUGUACCGUGAGCUGGAGCAGGCCAUCCGGGGGGCUGAUGCUCAGGAGGACCUCCGAUGGUUCCGCAGCACCAGCGGCCCUGGCAUGCCCAUGAACUGGCCCCAAUUUGAGGAGUGGAACCCAGACCUCCCCCACACCGCGGCCAAGAAGGAGAAACAGCCCAAGAAGGCAGAGGGGGCGAUGCUGAGCAAUGCCGCUGGGGCGGUGGAGUCCACGUCCCAGGCUGGGGACCGCGGCAGUGUCAGUAGCUAUGACAGAGGCCAGCCCUAUGCCGCCGAGUGGUCAGAUGAUGAGAGCGGGAACCCCUUUGGGGGCAAUGAGGCCAAUGGCGGUGCCAACCCCUUCGAGGAUGACAGCAAGGGAGUGCGUGUGCGAGCGCUCUAUGACUAUGAUGGCCAGGAGCAGGAUGAACUCAGCUUCAAAGCCGGAGACGAGCUCACCAAGCUGGGAGAGGAGGAUGAGCAGGGCUGGUGCCGCGGGCGGCUUGACAGCGGGCAGCUGGGCCUCUACCCUGCCAACUACGUGGAGGCCAUCUAACUGCCCUGCCCACUCCACAACCCCACCUCCUCACCCACCACCGCCCCUCCCUUCCCACCCUUGUCUCCUCCUUGCCAUAGAGUUCCAGACAUAUUUUCCGAUCAAGCUUUUAUUUUUUUAAAAGUCAAAACAGAACAAAAGAAAAAAAAAUACAAAGAGACAGAGCAUUUGCAGGGUCACCUGGAGGCCAGGGUGGUGGGCUUAGCGCGAUGGCCCCAGGGUCGGGGAGGGUCUUAGGACCUAGUCCAACAUCACAACAUCUGCUCUUCAGAGUCCACCAAAGAGUCUCCUGAGCCCUGAGGGAUGUCUUCUGGACCCUUCUAUCCUGCCUCACUGCCCCUCCUCCACCCCACCCCCAGGCUGCCAGCACCUGCCCCUGUUGUCUGAGGCUGGCUUCCUAACCUCUCCUCUCCCCAUUUCCGCCCCUCCCCCAGCUUCUAACACCACCCCAUUCUCAAAGGCCUUUCCUCUAGACCCCAAUAAGGGAGGCCUCCCAGCCCUUAGUCUUCCACUCUGCCCUGGACGAGCCCUUCUUCUCCUCAGCCCCAGUCUUGGGACCUGUGGGGCUGGAAGAGUCAUCAUCCUUCCCUACAGAGGUCUGUAGCAGGUCCCUAAGUCAUGGUGAGUGAUCGGCUGGAGGAUGUAGAGGAAGUGAGCAUAUAAGAAGGUGAGGGGAGGUGGACAUGGCCCUCAGCCCAGGCUGUACCAACCCUCCAAUGCUAGCCUCAUCUGAGGGACCAAGACCCUGUAUGGGCUCUUCUCUCCUGCCAGCAUUGUGGUGAGAGGCUCUUCAUCAGAGCCACGCUCACCCAGUAGCUUGCAGAGGUUUUGCCCCUUCCCCCUCGUAAGUCUUUUGACACCAGGCGGAGCUUAACCCCCAAACCCAGGGCAAAGCCAGCAACAGUAGCAGCCUCCUCCCAUUUCCUGGGGAGGAGGCCUCCUGCCCACCCAUCUACCCUCUACUAUAGACUCACUGGGCUUAGCAUCCUCCGUGAAACCAUGGCUUGUGCCUGCAUAACUCUUGGCCUAAACAUUCCUUCCACACCCUCCAAGUCUGCUUGGGAGAUGGAGGGCUCAUGGGAGCUUCCAGGCUGGGUCCAUCAAGGGAAGCCUGAAGCUGGGAUUGGCAGAAAGGAGAUCUGGCCUUCCGAAGCAAGAUGGUUCCCACAUCUUCCUUGUUACUACACCCACCACCAACAUUCCUUUUGCUCCCCAUCUCCCCAAGCCUGGGUCUCAGUUAAAAGCCCCUGGGGUAGGAGAGAUCCUUUGGUUGUCAAUAGCAGUGACACCAGAGUACUAGGUAGCAGCUCUCCUCGGGUGUAGAUUGGGAUUGGAAGGCAGACUGAGGGAGGGACAAGACCCCAAGUGGUAGACAAGAGACAGCAGAAGCAGUUUCUUGGAGACCUCUGGGGCCUGAGCCUGAGAAGUCUGUCCACAGGAAUUUGCCACUGUUUGGCUUCUGGGCUGCAGCCGUCCAUGCCCUUCCCUCUCACCCCAGGUGGCCUCGGCCUCCAGAUAGAGUGUGCUACCCCAGCCUCUCCACCUUGGGUUAGGAAGUAGUAGAGCCCAGCUCUGCUCUGCUUCCUGGGGGUUCUUACAGUCCUGGCAGCCCUGGCAGAGGGCUACAAGCCCGGGCACCUAGCGUGGAGCACUCCAGGGACAGGCACGCACCCCCAGCUGCCAGCACCCCUUUCUUAAUCACUGUCUGAUCUCUGGCCUCUCUGCUGCAGUCUGAGAUGUGGGCCCUGGGCCCCUCAGAGCCUGAAGCCAAAUGCUGAAGGCCACAAUCACCCGACCCACCCCCAGAGCUCCUGCUUUCCCCCCAGGCAGAAGGCAGCGGGAGCCUGAAAAGCAAGAAGCCGCCACACUUGCACCUUGGGGCCUGGGCUCCCCCUUUCUGUGCUACCGGCUUCCCAGUACCUGGGUAGGGGCUGUGACCCUGGCUGGACCCCAGGCCUGUCCCUCUCAGACCCUGGCUGCCCACUGCAGGGCAGGGACUGGAAAACGUAUCCCCUUUGGAGCAGCAAUCUCCAUAGCUCCGUUUGGGAUUCUCUCUCUCUCUUUCUCUCUCUCUCUCUCCCCCCCCCCCCCCGGGUCCCCAAGCUCCUUAGGACCCCAACUUGGGAGGGUCUCCUACCUGUAAGUCUCCUGAGCCUGGGGCCUGGCGCCACCUGUCAGCGCUGGUGUCAGGGCGCCCACAGCGAACACGGGGCCAGGCGCCUUGCUGGGCCCACACCUCGUCCAGGAGCCCCAGCCCGCUGCACCCUUGAUGCUGCACGGGCCGCCCUGGCGGGGCUCAGCCAGUAAUGUGUUUCAGUUAACCACCAUUCCGCAGCCUGGUUGUGCCAGGAGCCAGAGCUGCCCUGCCACCCGCCACCGCCGUCCGCCACCCUCGGCUUCCUGAUUCCAUUAGUCCUCCACUUGUGAAACUCCGAGAAGUGCUGUGCUCUCAGCAAUGCACCUGUUUUGUACAUGAUUGUGUAAUUUAAAGGUAUAUAAAUACAAAUAUAUAUAUCUAUAUAUCAGUUGUGACUGUAUGACUGUGGAUAAAACCCAGA